UUGGUGGGCGGGGCUGUCAGUCGGCGCGGGCCGUGAGGCGGCGGCGAUGUGGGCGCGGGAGCUGGCGGUGUCRGCGCCGGGGAAGGUGAUCCUGCACGGGGAACACGCGGUGGUGCUGGGCAAGGUGGCCUUGGCCGUGGCGCUGGACCUGCGGACGUUUCUCCGCCUGCGGCCCGGCGCUGAGGGGCGGCUGAGCGUCUCCCUGCCCGGCGUCGGCGUUCGGAGGAGCUGGGACACCCCUGGCCUCCGGGCCCUGCGGGGGCGGAUAGCAGCUGACUUUGAUGAGUCCAAGUCCCCCAGCGUAGAAGAGCUGGAUGCUCUGAGGGAGUUUACUGGAAUUGCUGCUGGAGCCUCAGCUCCAGACAGCCUUGCUACGCUUGCCUUCCUGUAUAUGUGCCUGGCUAUUUCUGCUAAGUAUGGGGAUGUUCCCAGCRUGGAUAUCGUGGUGUGGUCGGAGCUGCCCACGGGAGCAGGGCUGGGAUCCAGCGCUGCCUAUGCCGUGUGCCUGGCUGCAGCCCUGCUCAUGGUGUGUGGAGCCAUCUCCUGCCCGCUGCARGAGGGAGAAUCCACAGCCAGGUGGACAGAGGAGGAGCUGGCACUGAUAAACAGCUGGGCCUUCCGAGGGGAGCGGGUGAUCCAUGGCAAUCCGUCGGGUGUGGAUAAUGCUGUUGGCACMUGGGGUGGAGCCCUGAGAUACCAAGCAGGAAAAAUCACACCAUUAAAGAGGGUGCCCACUCUGAGGAUCUUGCUGACCAACACUAAAGUCCCUCGGAGCACCAAGGUCCUGGUGGCUGGUGUCAAGGAGAAGAUCCUGAAGUUCCCUGCCAUAAUGAACCCGGUGCUGGACUCCAUYGAUGCCAUUUCUCAGGAGUGCCAAAGUGUUCUGGAAACGAUGCCUGCAAAUCCAUCACCGGAGCAUUACCCUGUGCUGGAGGAAUUCUUUGAUAUAAACCAACACCACUUAAACGUGCUUGGAGUGGGYCACCCCUCCCUGGACAGGCUGUGCCAGGUGACAGCGUCCCACAGGCUGCACAGCAAGCUGACCGGUGCUGGUGGGGGUGGCUGUGGCAUCACCCUGCUGCCACCAGUGGCCGAGCUGACUCGCUGGCUGCUCUUGCCUUGCUCUUGGCAGACACCUCCCYGCUGGCCGUGGAAGCAGCCAAGGAAGACUUGUGUGCCUGUGGAUUUGAAUGCUGGGAGACCAAGAUYGGGGCUCCCGGGGUGACCCUGCACUCCUGCUCCUCUCUGAGUGCCCGAGUGCUGCACGGGCUGGCCCAGAGCUGARCUGCUGCCUCCAGCAGGACUGAGCUCAUGGCAGCACAUCUCGGAGCUUUAUGUGCCCAGUGCCUGGAAAACUUCCCCCUGUGUGGAUGAAGGCCUCCAGAUGUGGGUGUGGAGCCAGUUUGGGGCCUGGUGUCACUGGGAUUUGGGGCUGCCAUGGGUCCCUGGGUGUACCCACCCGAUGGUGUUUGACCAAGGCUCUCAAAAUCCCGGUUUGAAUUUCCUUCCUCAAYUGCUGUGCUGAUCCCAKGGKGCAGGAGGAGAGGGGCUUGGCUGCAUUCCCGGGUGGAUAAUGACACUUUGCUGCUUCAGAUGUAUGUGGUGCCUUUUCCCUCAUCCCUGGUGUCCCGUGGGGGCUGGCAAGGUGGAUGUGCACAGUGCUUUGACAUUUUUCGGUGAAGAGCAUCUUUGGCAGCUCAGGGUUUGGUGCUCAGGUCUCUGCUUCUUCUGGACUGCAAUUCCCAGUGAAGAGGAAACCUUUAAUACAGCUCUUCCCUGCUACUAAUUAAGUGUCGGGUAAUUAAAUUGCGAGAUAAAGCACAAUUCUAGUGAAAUUACUGGUUUUCACUCUUUUAAAUAAUCUCUGCCUGGGCUGAUAAGCAGAGUCCUGUAGUCAGGCUCUGUUUUUUAUUCACAUGCUCGAAGUCUGGCUCAAACAGCACCUGCAAGGAGGGCAGCUCCAGGCAAGGGCAGGCUUAAAAUUUCUCCUUGUAAAAGCUGUUCUCCCAACUUCACUCUUGAAGCAGCACGUCCCUGACUCUGCCUGGUGUUGGGUUUACUUUGGUGUAAUUAAGUAGAGGAAAGAACCCCAAACCACGUCCUCAAAAGCUCACCAUGAGUUGCAGUUGACAAACUCUAAAACCUAAAUGCAUUUAGACUUAUUACACAAAUGUAAAUGCAUUUUUUACUCCUGAAAUUUUAAUGAGCUGGGCCACAGAACGAAAGGGAAUUGGCAAGGAUGUGGCUGAAGCCAGAAUCUCUGGGAGUCAUGAGCUGACUCUGAGGGACUGUGGUCUCUGCUAUACCUGCCAAAGGGGUUUUAUCAUUGCUCUGUUUGUCUGGGAUGGGUUUUUUAAGUGGUUUUUAAGUGUAACUGUGUUCAAGAAUCGCUUCACUCAAAGCUGAGUAAUGAAUUGGCAGAGGUGGGGAACUUGCCUUCYCCUUCCAGCCCAGGGAUAAAAAAAAUCAAGCGUGAGAAGGAGGUGAGAUGUUCUAGCUCUAAACUCCCASCAUCAUGGUGACCAGCUUUAGUUCCCUGAUCCCAUGUAAAACUGUCUCUGGUUUUAAUAAAUCCAUGUUUUUUUUAUGUGCAAAGCGUUCUUUGAUAAUUAUGCUGGAUACAAAAGGAAAAAAGUACCUUACACUGCUUCGGGAAAGCAGGUCUCAGAUGCUGCCUUUCUACAUGUCUAAUUACAAUUCCAAUUUGCAUCYGAGAGCGGCUUUACACUAAUCACAAGUCAGAAAGGCUGAUAAAUAAUUUACCAUUUUCUAAUACAGUGUAAUCAAUGUGAGGAUCUGGGAGCGUGUUGACUUUAACCACUUACAUGUGUCUGCGUUGUGAUGUUGGCACAAAGAGAUGCCAGAUCUAGCAUGGGGAGCUUCCCUUCAAAACCCUGAGGCUGGGGCUGAGCCUUGUUGGCUCUGAGGAGGGGAAAUUCACAGAAUCCYGGGAUCAUUCAGGUUGGGAAAGCUCUCCAAGGUCAUGGAAUCUAAGCUGGGCUUGAUCCCCACCUUGUCACCAGCCCAGAGGACUGAGUGCCACCUCCAGGUGCUGUUCCUUGGGCACCUCCAGGAAUGGGGACACCAAACCUCCCUGGGCAGCCCCUUCCAAGGCCUGCCCACCCUUUCCAUGAGAAAAUCCCUCCUGCUGUCCACCCUGAACCAGCCACCUCUGCAGGUUCCUCCAGCAGCGCUCAUCCUGCUCUGUUCCAUGCCAGAGUGGAAGUGGUGGCAUUCCCGGGGCAGGGAGGGGGGUGGCAGUGUCCUGAGCAGGAGGGUGACCCAUGCUGGGCUCUGUGGGAAGGACUCUGGUCCAGGGUGAUGCCUGGGAUCUGCCUUCCGUGUGCCACAGGGAGCAGAACUGCCGAAGUCAGCAGCUGGAGCCCGUCCCAGUGUGCUGGAAGCCAGCACAGAUUUCACAUCCAUCUGUGAGCACGGGAGUGCCCAUUCCCUCCUUUCCAAACUCCUCCUUCACCAGCUCCAUCAAASGCUUUGCAGGGAUAACCCGAGGGAGGGCUGCAAUGUUUCUGUCCCCACCUUCCUUCACUGACACCAACUUGCAACCUCCUGGGGUGACUCCCUGAACUCUGGACCCCAUCCCUGCCCCUCCUGAGCCCGGGACAGCAGGAGCAGCUGCUGCCAUGGGGCUGAUGAUGCCCCACGGGGACAGGAUGAGGCACAGCCCUGUCCCUGCUGUGCUUUGCUGCUCUGGGAGCUCAGCUGAAGCCCGUGGAGCUCGUUCUCCCCACGGAUCAUCCCUUCCUCUCACAGGCGCCCCGCGGGACUGAUGUGCAGCAGGGCAGCGAUUGCUGCUGAAGGAUUAGCCUGGUAAUUUGGCUAAUUUUUCUUAAGCUUCAUUUUUCACAUUACGAGCUCUGCAGAAAGACUAACGAGCCUGGCUUUGCCUCUAAUAGCCAGCACAGGGAUGGGGAGGGGAGGCUCUGCUCCAGCCUGAAGGAAGGAUUG